AUGGGUCUCAAGAAGAGGUGGCUCGACUUUCGCGAGCAGCAUGCAGAGCUGUGCGAAACGUGGGCGAGGCGAUGGGCAGUGGUCCGGCCUUAUCUACCACCCGUCAAUUUCAUCACCCUGCACUAUGCCUACUUUAUCAUCACCGCCAUCAUCGGGUCCCUCAUCUUCUGGGGCUCCUCGGCCCCUCAAUACAGCAUUGGCUGGUGGGACAGUCUGUUCAUGGUCAUGUCUGCCUUGACGGCCUCGGGCCUCAACACGGUCAAUCUCAGCCAGCUCACCACUUUCCAGCAGGUCCAGCUGUGCGUGUACAUGAUUAUGGGGUCUCAGGUCAUUAUCUCAUACUUUACCAUUGCGUUUCGCCAACGCAUUUUCGAGAAGCGAUUUGAGGAUAUUGUGGAGAGGGAGCGGGCCAAGCGCAAGGCUACCGCCUCGAAGACUGGUGCUGUUGUCGGCAUGACAGGUGCCAUGAUUGGUCUGCAGGUCAUGUCGUCGUUUGGCAAAGGCCAGCCCCCAAAGCAAGGCAAGAGCAGUAAACCAUGGCCCUCGAAGCGCAAAAGUGAUCGCAGUGACCAGAAUACAAGUUUGGAACUUGGCCCUGAAGAACCGGCAGCUUUGUAUUCUCAGGGUCAGACCAAUUCGGCAACAGGAAUAUUGGGAGGCGGCGAGCGACGCCCCUCGCAACCGCAGCAUGUCGGGUUCCUUGAACCGAUCCAUGAAACCAGGCCCCAAUCUGCGACAACUGGACAUUCAAUUUAUCAGACGCACUCUCGCCAAAGCGAAAAGACUACGCGACGAAGGCCACAGACGACUGAAUCACGGACAUCCGAGGGUGGCUUCAACGUCCAGACAUUUCUCAAGGAGCAAAAGGGAAACAUUGGACGCAAUGGGCAAUUUUUCAACCUGUCUGAAGACCAACGCGAGUAUCUCGGUGGUGUGGAAUACCGGGCUCUCAAGUUUCUCUCGGCCUUUGUCAUUGUUUAUUUCGUUCUGUGGCAGCUCUUUGGCGCCAUCGCCCUGGGCGCCUGGAUGUCCGUCUACGCCGUCGACGAGUCAGCAGUCAAUGCGCAGAAUCCGUGGUGGGCAGGCAUCUUUCUCGCUAUUUCAGCCUACAACAAUGCCGGAUUCACCCUGCUCGAUGCAGGCUUCAUCCCCUUUCAAGGCUCCUACUUUCUACUCACCAUUGUUACCAUUCUCUCGCUCGCCGGCCCUGCCGCAUUUCCUGUAUUUAUGCGUCUGUUGAUCUGGUGCAUGUCAAAGGUGUUUCAUUUAUUCUCGCGGGACAAGGAGGGCUACACUGCCUGGAAAGAGGGGUUUGACUUUAUCCUCAGAUUCCCACGUCGUGUCUAUACAAGCUUGUUCCCCUCGCGAGACACGUGGAUGUUUGUUGCCACAUUUGGUGGCUUUGUGCUGGCUGAUUGGGUUCUGAUUCUCGUACUCACCACGGGCAAUUCGACAAUGGAUGCUAUUCCAGUUGGACAGCGUAUCUUUGAUGCCCUUUUUGAAGGAUUCUCAAUCCCUUCUGGAGGUUACGCCAUCGUCUCCCCAUCAGCCAUGUACUUUGACGUGCAUGUGCUCUGGCUCAUCAUCUUUUACACAGCCGCUUACCCGCACAUUAUCACCAUGCGCAAGACCAAUGUGUACGAAGAACGCUCCCUGGGCAUCUACGAAGGAGAUCAGACCGAAAUUGAGCAGCUCCAUUCCGAGACUAGCAGUCUCUUUGACGUGGAUGCCGACGCCGGAAAUAAUGACCCCCUUGCGGCGGGCUUGCCUACCGCUUUUGAUGCCAACGGUAACCUGAGCCGGAAGAACUGGGACGCCACCUCGCAGACGCCCUCUGCGCGAUCCGUCAAGCGCAUCUACACAGUCGGCCGUCGCGGUACAGCCUUUAUGGGCCGACAGCUGCAGCGCCGCAUGACGGCGUUUCAAGGCGUCGGUGUCGCACACGGCACAGCGCCCGAAGGCGGCCCCGGCGGAUUUGGGGCGGGUUUGGGCGGACCGAAGCCCCUCCGCCGCGCCGCCACCAUGGACUUUGCCCGGCCUCCGUCCGUGCACUCCCUCCACAACCACACGCCCACAGGCCCUCCGAGCCUGGUGUCGCAGCAAGUCCGGGGCCAGCUCAGUCACGAUGUGUGGUGGGUCGCUCUGGCCUUGUUCCUCGUGACGCUCAUUGAAACGCGACACUCGAUCGAGGAUCCCGUCACCUUUAGCGUCUUUAGUAUCCUCUUUGAGAUUGUCUCGGGCUACACCAAUAUUGGCAUCAGCAUCGGUCUUCCGGACCAGAGUUACAGUCUUACCGGCGGCAUGUAUACAGGCAGCAAAAUCAUCAUGAUCCUCGUCAUGCUGCGAGGAAGGCAUAGAGGUUUGCCGGUUGCGCUGGACCGUGCAGUGAGACUGCCUGGCAAAAAAUUGGCAGAGCUCGAGGACGAGGAUGCCGAGAUUCGAUCAGCCUUCUCCCGAUAG